AUCCAGAACUAAAGUAAUAUAUUAGGGCUUUAUCUAAAUCAUAGCACAUCGGAGACUAGAGAGAGUAGGAAUUCCGUUGAAGUAGUUGCUCUGCUUAAUUCGUAAUUUACAAUUUUCUUUAUAGAUUUUUGUAAAAGGAUGUUUCCCCUUGAUUCUUCAAAGAAGUUAUCUUUUAAUCGUUUAAUUAGCGAAGGAGAUUUGGUAAUAACUUAUGAGAGGCAUGACAAUAUGAAAGCUGUGAAAGUAUGUGAAGGUUCAACACUUCAGAAUCGAUUUGGUGUUUUUAAACAUUCAGAUUGGAUUGGUAAGCCUUUUGGGACCAAAGUGUUCAGCAACAAGGGUGGGUUUAUUUAUUUGUUGGCUCCAACUCCUGAGUUAUGGACUUUGGUUCUAAGCCACAGAACCCAGAUCCUUUACAUUGCAGAUAUUAGCUUUGUUAUUAUGUUUUUGGAACUAGUUCCUGGCUGUGUGGUUCUUGAGUCCGGAACUGGAAGUGGGUCUUUAUCUACUUCACUUGGAAGGGCAGUAGCUCCGACUGGACAUGUCUAUACUUUUGAUUUCCACGAACAAAGGGCAGCCUCGGCUAGGGAAGAUUUUGAGAAGACAGGAUUAAGCAGUUUGGUUACUGUUGGAGUAAGAGACAUUCAAGGUGAAGGAUUUCCAAAUGAGUUUUCAGGGAUGGCUGAUGCUGUCUUUCUUGACUUACCUCAGCCCUGGCUCGCCAUACCAUCAGUAGCGAAAAUGUUGAGACAUGAUGGGAUUGUAUGCUCCUUCUCCCCGUGCAUCGAGCAGGUUCAACGAUCCUGUGAAACUUUAAGAUCAAACUUCACAGAUAUAAGGACAUUUGAGGUACUCCUUCGUACAUAUGAAGUUCGAGAAGUUAAAAUGGAUAGCUACCAUGGGGAGGAGGAGGGGGAUGAUGGUGUUUCUGUUGGGGCUCCUCCAUGUAAAAGGAGACAGAGAUCAAAUGAUUCAAGCAAUUUGUCAGAAAAUCAAAGGUCUUCCAUACCAAUGGCUAGGCCAUGUAUGGAGGCUAAAGGCCACACAGGUUAUUUGACCUUUGCUAGACUCAGAUGUCUUUCAUAAACAUUGUUCGACUCUUUUAGAUUAAUUCUAUGAUUUCAAAAAAUUUGUUUCCUCUUGAUAUCAAAAUGCUUUUUUUUUAGUCAAGAAACUAUUGGUCAAAUCAUAUAAGAUGUGUGAAAGUAGAUUAAAUAAUAGAGAAAUAUAGAUAAAAAGAAAAUUUAGUUUUUUUUUUCCUGUAUAAGGGUAACUGCGAUUUAGGUUGCUUUGUUGGUUGU